CUGCAGCCGCCCUGCUCGCCCGCCAUGCGCCGCCCGCCUCGAGCCGGGGGGGCCCGGCUGCUGCUGCUGCUGCUUCUGGGGCUGCUGCUGGGGGUCCCCGGGGGCGCGGCCGGCGCGCGGAGGCCCAACGUGGUGCUGCUGCUCACCGACGACCAGGACCAGGAGCUGGGCGGCAUGACUCCUCUAAAGAAAACAAAGGCUCUCAUUGGAGAGAAGGGAAUGACGUUCUCCAAUGCUUACGUGCCAAGUGCUCUCUGCUGUCCCAGCCGCGCCAGUGUCCUGACAGGGAAAUACCCGCACAACCAUCACGUGGUUAACAACACUUUAGAGGGAAACUGCAGUAGCACAUCUUGGCAGAAGAUCCAAGAGCCACAUACUUUCCCCUCAAUACUCAGAUCGAUGUGUGGCUACCAAACAUUUUUUGCGGGGAAAUAUUUAAAUGAGUAUGGAGCCCCAGAUGCAGGUGGACUAGAACACAUUCCUCUAGGCUGGAGUUACUGGUAUGCCUUGGAAAAGAAUUCAAAAUAUUAUAAUUAUACCCUCUCCAUCAAUGGUAAAGCACGGAGGCAUGGUGAGAACUACAGUGUGGACUACCUGACAGAUGUUCUGGCUAAUCUCUCCUUGGACUUCCUGAACUACAAGAGCAAUUAUGAGCCGUUCUUCAUGAUGAUCUCCACUCCGGCACCUCAUUCCCCAUGGGUAGCUGCACCUCAGUACCAGAAGGCUUUCCAGAACGUCUCUGCACCACGAAGCAAGAACUUCAACAUCCAUGGAACGAACAAGCAUUGGUUAAUUAGGCAAGCGAAGACUCCAAUGACAAAUUCUUCAAUACAGUUUUUAGAUAACGCGUUUAGGAAAAGGUGGCAAACCCUUCUCUCAGUAGAUGAUCUUGUUGAGAAACUGAUUAGGAGAUUAGAGUACACUGGAGAACUUGAUAACACUUACAUCUUCUAUACCUCAGACAAUGGCUUUCACACAGGUCAGUUUUCUUUGCCUAUAGACAAAAGACAGCUGUAUGAAUUUGAUAUCAAAGUUCCACUGUUGGUUAGAGGACCUGGGAUUAAACCCAAUCAGACAAGCAAGAUGCUCGUUGCCAACAUUGACUUGGGCCCCACUAUUUUGGACAUUGCUGGCUAUGAUCCGAAUAAGACACAGAUGGAUGGGAUGUCUUUGUUGCCCAUUUUGAGAGGUGCCAGUAAUCUGACUUGGCGAUCAGACGUCCUGGUUGAGUAUCAAGGAGAAGGCCGUGAUGUCGCUGACCCAACAUGCCCCUCGUUGAGUCCUGGAGUAUCACAAUGUUUCCCUGACUGUGUGUGUGAAGAUGCUUACAACAACACCUAUGCAUGUGUGAGGACCAUGUCAUCGCAUUGGAACCUGCAGUAUUGCGAGUUUGAUGACCAGGAGGUGUUUGUUGAAGUCUACAACCUGACAGCAGACCCAGAACAAAUCACAAAUAUUGCCAAAAGCAUAGACCCAGAGCUUUUAGGAAAGAUGAACUAUCGGUUGAUGAUGCUGCAGUCCUGUUCUGGACCCACCUGCCGCACGCCAGGGGUUUUUGACCCUGGAUACAGGUUUGACCCUCGCCUCAUGUUCAGCAAUCAGGGCAGUAUCAGGACUCGAAGGUUUUCGAAGCAUCUUCUGUAGCAGUCUGAUCCCUGCACGCCUCUUGCUGGUGAAGUGAUUGUUAUAGGUGUCUGUAUCUAGUCUUCAAGACCACGCCUGAAGGAGUUUCGGGACUGGCUUUAAGUCCUGUCUGAAAGAGCAGCCCAAUCAGCUGACUUUCUUGUGCAGUGUGUUAAACUGUGAACUCUGCCCCUUUGGCAGGAGGGGCUGUCUCUUCACGACUGAACCUGACGCUCCCAGAUCUCUCUGGGAUCUCUCUGUUCUCACCUUCCUGUCCCAUGACCUCAGCCCCCAUAUUCCUCCUAUGGACAGAGUCUGAAUCUGUGAAGCCAUUCAGAUAAGUGGCAAUCCGUAGGGGUGUGGGCAGAGGGUGUUUCAGUUAUCCAGCUUGACCUGAACUCAAGGAGCCUGCAUUGCAUUUCA